AUCGCCCAUUGCCCUUCAUCAACUGCCCCCAAAAGACCUACAACUAGUUUGGUAUGAGUUCAGUUCACACGUAGAAUUCCCCCGAUCUCUCCUGGAAUUUCUCUCAACAGCAACAACUAAUAGGCGGUCACCGCCAUCCCCUGCUACUCCUAAAGAUCGAUAGAGAGGGAGAGCCGCGGGCGGUGGUGGAGUAGAGAGAGAGAGAGCAGGCACGGAGAAAAACAGGUAGGUGGCGGAGAUGGCGACGACGAUAGCAUGCAAGGCGCCGAUGAAGGCAACGUCGGAUGGGGCGUGGCAGGGGGACAGCCCACUGCACCACGCGCUGCCGCUGAUCAUUCUCCAGAUCUGCCUGGUGGUCGUCGUCACCCGAUCCCUUGCUUUUCUCCUCCGGCCUCUCCGUCAGCCCCGCGUCAUCGCCGAGAUCAUCGGUGGGAUCCUGCUGGGCCCCUCGGCCCUAGGCCGCAGCAAGAGGUUCCUGAACUCGGUGUUCCCCAAGGAGAGCCUCACCGUGCUGGACACCGUCGCCAACAUCGGGCUCUUGUUCUUUCUGUUUCUCGUUGGAUUGGAACUGGACCUCCGGGCCAUACGGCGUACGGGCAAGAAAGCUCUGGCCAUCGCCCUGGCGGGCAUCUCCCUCCCCUUCGUGCUGGGCAUCGGCACCUCCGUCGUCCUCCGCUCCACCGUCGUCAAGGGCACCCGCCAGGGCCCCUUCCUCGUCUUCAUGGGCGUUGCCCUCUCCAUCACUGCCUUCCCCGUCCUCGCUCGCAUCCUCGCCGAGCUCAAGCUCCUCACCACCGAUCUAGGCCGCAUGGCCAUGUCCGCAGCCGCCGUCAACGACGUCGCCGCCUGGAUCCUCCUCGCCCUCGCCAUCGCCCUCUCCGGCUCCGGCUCCCCGCUCAUAUCCCUCUGGGUCCUCCUCACCGGCGCCGCCUUCGUCGCCCUCGCCGCCCUCCUCCUCCGCCCUGCCCUCGCAUGGAUGGCCUGCCGCUCACCCGACGGCGAGCCUGUCAAGGAGGCUUACAUCUGCGCCACUCUCGCCACUGUCCUGGCGGCGGGCUUCGUCACCGACACCAUCGGCAUCCAUGCCCUCUUCGGGGCCUUCGUCGUGGGCAUCAUCGUUCCCAAGGACGGGCCCUUUGCCGGGGUGCUAAUCGAGAAGGUGGAGGAUCUCAUCUCGGGGCUCUUCCUCCCGCUCUACUUCGUGUCCAGCGGCCUCAAGACCAACGUCGCCACUAUCAGUGGGGCCCGCUCCUGGGGCCUCCUCGUCCUCGUCAUAGCCAACGCCUGCCUUGGCAAGAUCGCCGGCACCGUCAUCGUCUCCCUCAUCGUUCGGAUACCCGCCCGGGAGGCCCUCACCCUCGGUUUCCUCAUGAACACCAAGGGCCUCGUCGAGCUCAUCGUCCUCAACAUCGGCAAGGACCGCAAGGUGCUGAACGACGAGGCAUUCGCCAUCCUGGUACUGAUGGCACUGUUCACCACCUUCAUCACCACGCCCAUCGUGGUGGCCAUCUACAAGCCGGCCCGGCGCGCGGCGCCUUACAAGCACCGUACCGUGGAGCGGGCCGACACCGAGAGCGAGCUCCGCGUGCUGGCCUGCUUCCACGGCAACCGCAACAUCCCCACCAUGAUCAACUUGAUCGAGUCCUCCCGCGGCACCCGCCGCCGCCGCGUCACCGUCUACGCCAUGCACCUCAUAGAGCUAUCCGAGCGCUCCUCUGCCAUCUCCAUGGUCCACAAGGCCCGCCGGAAUGGGCUCCCCUUCUGGAACAAAGUCAGCCGUGGAGCGGCGGGGAACGGCGACCAGGUGGUGGUGGCCUUCGAGGCCUACCAGCAGCUUAGCAGUGUCGCCAUCCGGCCCAUGACCGCCAUCUCCGACAUCCACACCAUGCACGAGGACAUUGUCGCCAGCGCCCUCCAGAAGCGCGCCGCCGUCAUCAUACUUCCCUUCCAUAAGACGCAGCGUCUGGACGGCUCCCUCGAGUCCCUUGGCACCGCCUUCCAGUACGUCAACCAGCGCGUCCUUCGCCACGCCCCCUGCUCCGUCGCUAUCCUCGUCGACCGCGGACUCGGCGGCGCAGUCCAGGUCUUGGCCAGCGACGUCUCCUAUACCAUCGCCGUGCCCUUCUUCGGGGGUCCGGACGACCGCGAGGCCCUCGCCUAUGGCGCCCGCAUGGCCGAGCACCCAGGCAUCGCGCUCACCGUCGUCCGCUUCCUCCUGCCGUGUCUCCCUGCAGAAGUCGACGCCGACGAGCGCGCCGCCGACGUGGCAGCGUUGUCGGACUUGGCAACCAAGGCUGCGGAGGACUCGUCGUCCGUCAAGUACGAAGAGCAGGCGGUGGCAGAGCGAGCCGAAGUCGUGCGGGCCAUCAAGGCUUUGGGCCGGUGCAACCUCUUUCUGGUGGGGAGGUCGCCGCAGUCCGGGGUGCUGCGACUGGUGGAGCGGACGGACUGCCUGGAGCUGGGUCCCGUGGGAAGCUACCUGGCGUGCUCGGAGUUCUCAACGUCGGCGUCGGUUCUGGUGAUCCAGCACUACGAUUCCAGGGCCGAUCCAUCGAUGCUGGUGGAGGAGGUGGCGGAGAUCCAGGACGUGUCCGACACCCCGCUUGCCACUGUAACGCCGGAGUCCUCCUCCCCCCAUCUGAAAUAAAGAAGGGGAAGUUGCUUAUCGGUCCAAAGUUUGACCCGUUUAUAACGAAUAGUCCCUGUUGACUGUUCUUUUAAUAAGCAGUCCAUUGACAUAUGAAAUGCCAUAAGGAGACCAAAAUACCCCUGAGCUUUUUCCUCUUCACUCGUUCCUCGUAUGCUCUGUGUUCAUUUGAACGAGCCCUAUUCAAACUUCACCAAUUCCGGCCCUCGUUCGUCCCCAAUCUUCGUAUCCUAAUCCUCUCUUCCGACGGAAAAAAUUCCAUAAAAAUCUCGCCCGAUUCCGCUUGAUUUUUACGCCCUGGUUUCAAACCCUAGAACUGCAAACCACUUUCCAACGGUACUCGAUCUUCUUCUUUUCCCCUGUUAAGCCGUUCCCCUUUUGGAAAAGUAGAACCCUUCCGACCCAAUUCUAAGGAGCAAGGAGAUAUUUUCUGUCCAGCCUCGGAGUCGACCUUGGAACCGACUUCGCCCUGUUCGUAUCACUGCGGAAGCUUAGGUGGACAUCGGUCUCUCUAACCUUUCCUGAGUCGUCUCUGCAUUCCUUCAACAGGUUUGUCACCGCAUACUUUGUCGAAUAAUGCAUUGAACACAGACGUGAUAUGCAGUAUUGUACGGCAUUCCAGAUAGUUGUUGGAAUGGUCAUGCACUCUUUUGCCGAAUUAAUGGACAGAGAGGUUGUGGUAGCACAUUUGAGAUAUUUGUUGUGGAAAAAUUUUUCUAUUCCUUGCUAACUGUGUUAUUUGUUUUAGUUUUUAGGAUGAUUUAUUUUCUGUUGAUAUUAUUAAAAAUACCUAUUUGUAACUAUAUUUGUGAUGCAGAAAUCUAAGAUGGCCCCAAAGCAGGGUAGCG